GGAGACGGAGAGGCUGACCCGAUCUGCUUGGUUCUUUCAUUCGCCGAAGCGGCGGUUCGCUGACUGGCGCCUUGUCAAUCAUGCUAAAACUUUGGGAGAAGCAGGGGGAGAAAAGCGGUGCUCAGGUUCUCAUCGACGCGAUGUGCAACGACAAGAUCCACCUGGCACGUUUUAUUCUGGACGCCCUGGACGGGAAGAUCGUGAAUGCCCGCACGGAGAGAGCGCAGACCCCCCUGAUCCGCUCGGUCUUGCUGCCCGACUCGCACAGGAGGACGACAUUUAUGACCCUGUUGUUGCAGAGAGGCGCAGAUGUGAACUGUCAAGACGAGACGGGUCGCACCGCGCUGAGUUUCGCCUGCGAGAGGGGGCACCUGGAGGCUGUGAAGAUGCUCGUGCAGCAUAAUGCCGACCCGGAGCUGCUGGACUGCUGGGGAAACGGCGCUUUAUUGUACGCUACAGCGGCGGGACACGGUCCGGUGGUGGAGUUUCUGGUCAGAGCGUUUAAGAGGCUGGGGCUGCAGAUUGAUCGCCCGAACAAAGCGGGGAACUGUGCGCUACAGAUCGCAGAGUUUCUGGGUCACAAAGACUGCAUCCAGGCUCUCAAUAGGAGACCACUGGACAACGAAGCUGUUAGUGGACAUUAUUGGGGCGACUCACAGGAAUCGUCCAGGAGAACGUUUUCUGAUACCUCUUUAGAAAAGGCCCAUCAGAGGGCUAACGACGUUCAUCAGUACGCCCGAAACGUACUGGAGUCCAUGGAUUCGAUUGAAGAAGAAGGAGACACAGGGGAGCAACAUUCUUCGAAUCCGCCUGGCCUCGUCCGCUCAGACAUCCAAACCCCAGUGCAGCGCGUGAGAUCUUGGAGUGUCCAGUAUGGAACUCAUAAGAAUAAACUCAUGGACAAGGUGACCAAUGGACACUGUUCUCUGCCACCUUUAAAGAGUUUGAUGGACUCAACCACAUCCGCCUUCGGUUCACACAAGGAACUUAGAUUACCAACAGAGAAAGCGGUUGUAAAUCCCAUGAAAACCAAUUUAAACGUUCUUCUGACCCCCAUUGCAACGAGCAACGCGGUCGCUGAUAAAUUCGACCACGUUAAAGAAGAAAGAGGACCAGCAUUGUCAGGAUUCACAAAGUUUGAUGAGAAUUUUUACCAAAAACGACGCAGUCUACCAGCUGGCGCUUUCAGUCCGGUGCCCCCCGAGAGACCCUCGCUUCGCAAAAACCAAACACGGAGCAAAAGUGCGCAGGUCGCCGCGCCACCUCCAUUAACCGAGGGCAAUGCUGCUCUCGCGAGUUUAGGAAACAAGUUAUUUCGCAGGUUUACUUUUCCGGAGUUUAGGAAAAGUGCUAAAGACUUUCAAGUGGAGAACUCGGGGACGGCAACCUUCAAAGACCCCGAGGCAGCGGUGAGAAGCAUGUCGAGGUCGGAAUCGUACCCCAUGAGCAGCAACCAUCCGCAAGUCGGCAGCAAACCCAGCAUUGACAGCAUUAGCGCCGUGAAGUGUGAAUUCGACUGUCCGGCAAGGAACGCGUCACGAGUCGUGCUGCUCAAGUGUGCGAAUGUGAGCGCCAAGGACUGGCAGUCCGUUCAGGGUGUACUGCCGAUCCGCAGAGAGCCCGAAUCGGAAACGGCGGACCCAGGAAAUGGACAGGUGGACGGGCAGCUAAAAAAGGACAACUUUCUAAGCGCUUCAUUUUGCAAAUACAGUUCAGCUGGCCGAAGAUUCCGGAUUCCUGAGACAAAGAAGAUUUUAUUUAUGGCUUCUUUGUACCUAAAGCGACCGUAUUUCUGGGAACUCUUCGGAAAUCCGGCGGUCAAAUAUCUGAUUUGCGAAUUCUGCCGGGCAGGGCAGGGCAGACCCGACCGAUUCAGAACCAUGGAGAGCACCGGCUUCUUGCUUUGCGUUUGUAAUAUUUUUGUUCAGAUUUUGGCAGAGCAAGAAGUUGAAAAUCUCUCAGGUUUAUCUACCAACCCGGACAAAGAUAUCUUUGUGGUGAGAGAAAACGGGACGACUUGUCUAAUGGCCGAGUUUGCAGUCAGAUUUGUGGUGCCUUACGAUGUCCUGGCUCUCAAUGGCAUUGACCUGAUCACAGAACAAGCCCAGAUCACACUUCCCCGUGGGGCAGACAUUAAAGGUAAAUGUGCAGCUACAGAGGCAGAGCUUCAGAUUUCGUGGCUAAAAGACGCCUACACCUUCCGUCUGUUUUUCAUUAAGGAGGCGCAUAACUUAUCUAAAGGCCAAGAUAUCUUUUGGAAGAUUAACAAAAUGCAAUUAAUUUACGACUCUUCAGAAGUAUCCCACUUCAAUAAUGCUGUUGAACCUGGAAAGCACACUGCCAGUUCCCAUCACCUGUCAGCCUUCGUGACUCCCAAAGGCAGGUCCUACGUGUGUCAGGCGCAGCAGACCCUCUCCUUAAUAACCAGCGACCACCAGAAAGGAGUCACCGUCUUCAUGUCUGACGUGCAGAUCCAGCCGUUUGACAUUCAAAGUGACUUCACCUUCAGUGACGCCUACAAAUGUAUCACGGACCAGAGGGAGCAGUUAGAAGAGACCCUGCCAUUAAUUCUGGGCAUCAUUUUGGGACUGAUCAUUGUGAUUACUCUGGCCGUCUAUCACAUCCAUCUGAAGAUGACUGCAACCCCAGUGCAGAUUCCGCGUGAUAGAAGUCAGUACAAGAACAUGUAAUGAUUAUUAUUUUUUUUUCCCAUUUCCUAACCUAUUACAGCUGCUCCACAAUCCUGGAUAUUAACACGCGGCAGACACUAUGUAUUGAAUUUGACUUUUAUGCAGGCCAGCAAAUUUCUGGUGGCUAUCAGCUUUACUUGGUUAAUCAUCUAUGUGAAAAAAAAAUGACCAUUUUCCUUAUUUAUCAUGUGUCUAUUAAUAUUAAUUGAAUAAAGUAAUGAAUCGAGACACAGUUAAAAACAUGAUGUAUCUGGGAUUUGUACUAUAAUGGCACUGUUUGGUUUCUUCUCAAAGAGGGAAUGUAGAAGGGAUAAACGGUACCAGAAGUUGGGAAAAAUAAAAUGUCUUUCAGUGUCUUCAUUUGCAUAACUAACCGUGUUACUCUCUCAUGAUCUUUCACUUGCUCCUUUUUGACCUAAUCAGCCAAUCCGUAUAUUUGAAUGUACAGUUCAAUUGUGUAAGAUGUGUAAAUAACUCUUAAGAUAAUGACGAAUAAAUGCACAUUCCCAUGUGUGCUUAAGGUACA